AUGAUUGCCAACGAGGCCAUCGAUCGCAAACGCCUUGUGCGCAUGCUGCAAGGCUGUCUGCCGGAGUUAAAUAUUUCCUUCACAAAAAACGAGGAGCGGGGCAUGCGGCUGCUUGCGUCGAGGGAUUACGGGGGCGCCUACGUCUCGUUCACGCGGGCGCUGCAGCAGAAUCCGCAGUCCAAGAUAGCGUACUACAAGCGUGCCGUGUGUAGCUGGCACCUGUUACUCUACGAUGAAUGUAUUGAGGAUGCUCGCAAGGGAGGCGAGAUCGACUUGGACCUUGUCUCGCUUCAUGGUCGUUCCUUGCUCCUGCGUGAGCGCUACCCGGAGGCGCGCCAAUGUUACGCCUACGCGCUGCAGGCGCUGGCGCCGUCAACGCAGGAUCCUCACAAUGUAAAGUGGUGCACCGAAUCUGGCGCAAUAACGGCCUUGCAGCAGUUCCGUGACUCUGUCAAGGGGCGGAGGUGGGAGGAGGCGUUGCGGGUGAAGGAUGCGGCCAAGCCGCUCAUCGACGGCACGCCGCUACUCCUAUUGGAGGCGAGAGCUCUGCUGCACUUGAGUCCGAAUACGGCGAGGUUGCGUCUUUUGUCGUACGUGCCAACUAUUCCGCGACCUGCCUCCGCCCACACCGAGAUGUCCUGGGAGGAGAAGGAGGCCUGGCGCGGGGUGGAGGAGCACUACCUGCAUGCCGCCGUUUUGCUGGCCCAGGCGAGCGCGUACUGCGGCAGCGCCUUUUUGGAGCUUGCGGCGGCGCUGAUUCAGACCUGCCUGACGAUCAGCCCCAGCUUUGGCCCUGCACUUCUGCUUGGGCACUACCUUGUCUCCCUGGAGGAGAUCCUGUCGAGAGUGAAUUCGCUCUUUGCAAGGGAGCGCUACGCCGAGGCCAUUCCUCUUCUUCAUGAGGGGUUGCUGCUGGACAAAUCCAACCGCCUGAUGUGUGGCGCGUUGUACUGCAUGCGGGCCGAAGCCUACGCAAGCCUUGGGAAUAACAUGAACGUCAUCAGGGAUUGCGCCGCCGCGCUUUGGAUGGACCCCAAGUGCGCCAGGGCGUUUGUCCUGCGUGCGGAGGCCUACCAACAGACACGGCAGCGCGCCGAGGCAGCGGCAGACCGCCUCAGCGCGGUUCGUUUGGACCCGGCCUUGCGACACAUCCUGCGCGGGGACGAGGAGCAGUUUUUGCCGCAGCCGGAGUUUCCUAGAGCCACCUUUAGCGGGCCGGGGGCUCCAAGGCGCCGGCCGAAGUGGUACGACGCCUUCGCAACAGAAACUGGGCCGCCGCCUGAGUCCCCGUCGGCAGAAAAUGGGGCGUCGCGGGGCACAGAGCGUGUGCCCAACUCGGGGGUGAAACAGACGCUUUACGAGAUCCUUGAGCUCCCUCGCGGGGCGAGUAUCGCCGAGGCCCGUGCGCAGUUUAAGAAGUUGACUCUCUUAUAUCAUCCUGACCGAGUGGUGACAGAGACACUGACGAGGCAACAGGCGGCGAUGGAGCAGUUUAAGCUCAUCAACCAUGCCCAUGAGGUGCUGACGGACCCCAGCGAGAAGUUUCUGUACGAUCUUUCCCUCGGCCAGCACUUCUCCCCAGGUCUCUAG